AUGGACUUGUAUAGUAUUAACUGUAUACAUGUUGGAAAUCGAAAUGCAUUGUAUUCAAUACCUCCAGAAUAUGGACACGAAUUUGAAUUAUUGGCUAAUCGCUUUUUUCCAACUAAACCGGCAAACUGCCCUGCUUUUCUCAGGCAUAAAGUGACUAUGAUAUCUCCUAAUAUUUUGGAACAAAAUGCUAUACCCUAUAAUAAAAUCACACAGGAGAAAGGGGAAUUCAUUAUAACAUUCCCCUUUGGAUAUCAUAGUGGCUUUAACUACAGAUUUAACAUGGCUGAAGCUAUACAUUUUGCAUCUCCACGUUGGGUGGAGUAUUCAAUACCUCCAGAAUAUGGACACGAAUUUGAAUUAUUGGCUAAUCGCUUUUUUCCAACUAAACCGGCAAACUGCCCUGCUUUCCUCAGGCAUAAAGUGACUAUGAUAUCUCCUAAUAUUUUGGAACAAAAUGCUAUACCCUAUAAUAAAAUCACACAGGAGAAAGGGGAAUUCAUUAUAACGUUCCCCUUUGGAUAUCAUAGUGGCUUUAACUACGGAUUUAACAUGGCUGAAACUAUACAUUUUGCAUCAUCUCCACGUUGGGUGGAGUAUGGGAUAAAAGCUUCACUGUGUCAUUGCCGUAAAGAUUCAGUGAAGAUUUGUAUGGACACAUUUAUUAAACGUAUAUAAUAUUAUUAUUUGUCAAAAGGCAAAACUAAUGUAGAUUUGA